UCAAGACUGAAAACCAAAUAUAGGUGAAGAAGAGGAGGAGGAAAAUGGCUCAGAUGACAAUAGACCCACAAAAUGAGAAAAUAGAACAUUUUGAGCUGUUGAGUGGACACAAGAUUCCUGCUAUUGGUUUGGGCACAUGGAGAGCUGAAAAUGCAAAGGACUCUGUUUAUACUGCUAUCGUUGAGGAUGGCUACAGGCAUGUGGAUACAGCGGCUUAGUAUGGAGUCGAGGAAGAGGUUGGCCGUGGAACCAAAGCAGCUAUACAAGCAGGAGUAGAGAGAUCAUCCCUGUUUGUCACAUCUAAACUAUGGUGUACUGAGUUGUCACCGGAGAGAGUUCGCCCAGCAUUGAUGAAGACUCUCAAUGAACUGCAACAAGAUUAUCUUGAUCUCUAUCUGAUCCAUUGGCCGUUCCGUCUAAAGGACGGAGCGAGCAGACCUCCAAAGGCGGGGGAAGUGUCCGACUUCGACUGGGAAGGCGUUUGGAGAGAAAUGGAGAAGUUGGUGACGGACAAACUAGUUCGAGAUAUUGGAGUAUGUAAUGUUACGGUCAGGAAACUUAGUAAGCUCUUAGAUAUCGCCCAGAUAAAGCCUUCUGUAUGCCAGGUCAAUGCACCGCACCCUGGAUGGAGAAAUGAAAAAAUGUUCGAGGCUUGCAAGAAAAAUAACAUCCACAUCACAGUAACAAUAUCUUCGCCUCUUGGUUCACGAGAAAUUGAUCUUAUACAUCAUCCCGUGGUGGAGAGGGUAGCAAGAAAGGUAAAUAAAUCACCAGGACAGGUGCUAGUGAGGUGGGGUAUACAAAGAAGAACCAGUACAAUUCCCAAAUCUGAUCACUCUGAAAGAAUCAAAGAGAACAUUAAAGUGUUUUCAUGGGAAAUUCCAGAGCAAGAGUUCCAAGCCCUCUGUGAUAUCCCAGAUCAGGCAUGAGUAUUGGACGGAGAAGAAUUGUUCGUGAACAAGACAGAUGGGCCUUACAGGAGCGUAGCAGAUAUUUGGGACCAUGAAGUUUAAUAAUUUUUCACUUGAAACAUAGUUCCAUUUGGUGCUUUUAGUUUAUGUCAAGAUUGAGUUUGUGGUGUUUCCCCUUUGGUCACCAUAAUAAAGUCCUUGUCCAGGAAUUGAAAGAUGUAAUUUUCGUGCAAUUUUUACUAAAGAGUUGGCUUUUCUCAGUUCUCUCUGUGUGGCAGUGAGACCGAAUUUUAUUGUUUGCAACUAGAAUGGCAGUGGUUGAAGUAAUAUCUGAUGUUGCAGAUAUCAGACUAGUGAUUGUGAAACUGGUCUAC